AUGGACCCAAAAGAUCAACCAACGAAUACCGAAGCUGAGCUUGAAUCCUUCCGCCAGAAAUGGAGAGAAGAAGUGACUGCCCGGACUAAGGGCAAGGCGCCUGUAUCUUCUGCAACACCUGCAAAUACUGGCGCGUCAUCAAGCAAACCUCGGCCAUCUAGGAGCAAUGCGCCGGACGUAUCAACUUCAACCCACACACGGCAAAAGAGUGUGGAAGAGGUCGACGAUGUAGCGCCUCAUGUGUAUCAAGACCUAGGCGAGAAGCAGCAUGGACGGAGGCUGGAUGAAACCGCCACCGAGACCGCCGCUGCACUUGCUGCGAGUCGAGAACCAGUAUCUGCUCUGGAGCACUAUGAAAAGGCUGUAGAGAAGGAGAGUGAAGGUAGACUAGGAGACAGUCUGAGUCUGUACCGAAGAGCUUUCAAGCUUGACGACUCUGUCGACAAGAUCUACAAAGCUAAGCACUUUCCACCAUCAUACUUUGAGGCUAGGAAGAAGAAGACGUCAAAGCUGGCAGCUUCAGCAUCCACAUCAUCCACUGCAUCCGCAUCAAUACCGAAGCCAGAGGACCCUAAUCCCUCAAACGCCUCGGAGACAGUGCCCAAUACCGCCCACCACUCCCUACAUGGUCUCUCCGCCCCUUUGCAAGAUCUCAUCAGCGACUUCUCCAGUCUCUCCAUCCAAGGCGAACCACCGCCAACCGACCUCAGUCCCGCACCACCAUGUCCCAUCGCCAGCGUCCCCGAGGAAAUCAUCGUGGAGAUUCUUGAACAAGUAGCCAUCCGCGACGUCGCCUCCUUCGUUCGUCUAGCUCAAGUCUGCAAGCGCCUCGCCUACCUCGUCGCGACCGAAGACCGCGUGUGGAAGCGUCUCGCUCUCGGCCACGAAUAUGGUUUCGCUGCUAUGCACUAUACGUGGACAUGUCAAGUCGACGGCAAACCCCUCGGCGACGACGGCGAAGGCGGCAUCUACCUAGGCACCAAUUCCGACAAUGAAUCCGACGAACCCACCUUUACCCCCGCGGCCACCACAUCCCUCCUCGUGCCCUCCCCCUACCCAACCUUCCGCACCCUCUUCCAACGUCGCCCCCGCAUCCGCUUCAACGGCUGCUACAUCAGCACGGUGAACUACACGCGAGCCGGCCAAGCGUCUCCGACAAACAUAACCUGGAACUCCCCCAUCCACAUCGUGACUUACUACCGCUACAUCCGCUUCCUGCGCGAUGGCACAUGCAUCUCACUGCUCACCACCUCUGAACCCGCAGACGUCGUGCCCUACCUGUACACCGAACACAUGCACAAGCACCACGGCUCACUCCCCUCCGCACCAAUGAAAGACGCACUGCUCGGUCGCUGGCGCAUAACCGGCCCCGAACCCAGCGAAACCGAAGGCACGCUGAUAGUGGAGACGGCUGGCGUCACGCCCAAGUACAUGUAUAAAAUGGUCCUUGGGCUGGGCACGGCUGGCAAGGGCGCGAAGAAUAACAAACUCACGUGGCAGGGGUAUUGGAGCUAUAAUCGUCUGACGGAUGAUUGGGGGGAGUUUGGACUGAAGAAUGAUCGCGCGUUUUACUGGUCGAGGGUGAGGAGUUAUGGGAUGAGUUGGGAGGAGAGCGGGAUGAAUUUGGGUGGGGGUGAGGACAAGAAGAAGAGGAGGCAUGUGUAA